GUGAGAUGUGGUUGGAGGAAUGAAGAUGAAGAGUUGCAAGAUGUAGACUUUGAUUUUGCCCCAUGCCAGGUCUUGCUCCAGCCUCAGUCACGGCUCCUCCUUCAAUUGGGUCCUUGCUUUUACCAUCACCUCCAGCAAUGGCGGCAACAAUUGGUUUUGUGAGAAAGGAGGAUCAUUUUUAAUCAAAAGGGCACUUUAGAUGUCAAGUAUCUAUUUGUGGGUUUGGAAUUUUCUGAUUUGAAAAUUAUGCCCAACGGAUGGAAUGUGCCAGCUGACUUUACCAUAACUCUUGUCGACCAGUUUGAUGGUUCCAAUAUGUGAAACUAUGUAAGGU